AUGCCGUCCUUCAAGGAGGUCCGCAAGCGGUGCCCGACGUGCGACUACGCGUGGCUCGACAAGUACAACAAGCCAGAAUGCCCCAAGUGCCUCAAGCCCCUCGGAGACGGCCACGGCCUGGAGCGCAAGCUCGAGGGAGUUGAUAUCUCUGGGAUCUCAAAGGGUCCCGCGGACGCGCGCGAGAGCCAGUCCGGCACGUGCCCGAAGGGCGGAAUGCACCACUGGAAGUACGGCAAGUGCAACAAGUGCAACACGCCCGAGGGGUACAAGGACGGCCCGUCCAAGGCCCCGUCGUUCCCGGGCGGGAAGAACCUGGCCUGCUCGAAGGCCCCCGACGGCGGGAAGCACGUGUUCAAGUUCUCGAAGUGCAAGUACUGCGGCGUGAGCGAGUACGGGAGCUCCGCGGCGCCGAAGGCCACGGUGCCGCGCAAGGCCAUGAGCGUGCUGAGCAAGGCCGCGGACGCCGGCGAGGGCGAGUCGGGCGAGUGCCCGCGCGGGGGCCCGCACACGUGGAAGUUCGGCAAGUGCUCCAAGUGCCAGGUCGGCCAGGGCUACGAGGCGCACAAGACGACGGCGACGCACUUCCCUGGCGGCGCGAGCAUGGCGUGCCCGCGCUCGCCGACGAACAAGCACCAGUUCAAGUUCGGCAAGUGCACGCACUGCGCGCAGCCGGAGUACGACCCGGGGAGCACGAAGCCCGGGGAGGUGAAGACGCACGUGCGCGGCGUGGCCUCGGACGCCAAGGAGCGCAUGGCCGGCGUGUGCCCGAUGGGCGACCAGCACCACUUCAAGUUCGGCAUCUGCAUCAAGUGCAAGGUCGACGAGGGCUACCAGGGCGCCGGCGCGCCCCCCAAGUCGGGCCAGUUCCCCGGCGGGAAGGACAUGGCGUGCCCCCAGGCGCCUGACGGCGGGAAGCACGUGUUCAAGUUCUCCAAGUGCACGAUGUGCGGCGUGAGCGAGUACGACAAGUCGUUCCGCGCGGGCAUCGAGUCGUCGAAGGUCCGCCUGGCGGGCGGCGCCGGCGACCCGCGCGAAAGCCACUCGGGCGACUGCCCCAAGGGCGAGCUGCACCACUGGCGGUACGGCAAGUGCGUCAAGUGCGGCGUCGCGGAGGGCUACGGCGGAGCGAGCGCGCCCCCGAAGGCCGCCGCGUUCCCUGGCGGCAGGAACCUGACGUGCCCCAAGGCGCCCGACAACGGCAAGCACAAGUUCAAGUACAGCAAGUGCGAGUUCUGCGGCGGCUCGGAGUUCGACUACUUGUAG